CAGCAGGAUUUCAUCAAGCCGAAGCUGCAACGAAACAAUGACGAAUAAUAACGCGCAAUUGCUGCAUGCGGAUUAUUAUUUUUUUUUUGGCGCGGUGAGUCACGGCGGUGGGUGUGAAUAGUUUAUGCGAAAACUAAUAUUUAUAGAACGGAUGUUCCUUUUAAUGCAGCGCGGGUUUCUUUCUGGCGGCAGUAGACUGGGUUUUUCGACGAGAAACGUUCGGUUAACGAUGAAACUUCUCGUAGUCGCGGUUCUUUGCGCUAUUUUCGUAAACGCCGACGCUUGGGUGGCUUUUAUAAAAGCUGACCCCGAAACAGCGCACUUGGGCGAUUGCUACACGACUCACCACAAAUUAGGCGCCAUGAAAAGUGGCGAGGAAAGGAGAAUCGAAGGACAAUGCGCUGUCGCAAGGUGCAGCACAGGAGGCGACAUACAAUUAGUAGGAUGCGGUAAAGUGAUGGCAAUGCCGCCGCUGCGAGUGGACCCGGGCGAUUUGUCGCUGCCGUACCCGCAAUGUUGCCCGCACAUUGCCAAACCCGAAGUUACAAUCGGCAGCUUCAAUCCCGCGUUGGAAAAACAAGGCUCGGCUACGUUGUGACGAGUAUCCGUUUAACGGAGACGAUCUAUAUGUACUAAGAGGCUUCAAUGUUGAUUGUAUACGUGUAAAAUAUUAUUUUUGAUAAAUUUAAGUUUAAAUUAAUACUUGUAAGUAGCUUAGUAACUAAUGAGAGAGCGAUAUAACAGAAGAUAUAUUCUAAUCUAAAGUUUAUCAAUCAUGGCCGUUUAUUGUACAACAUUUUUGUUAUUAAAUAUAUGCAGGACGAAAAUAAAAUUUUUAAAUU